AUGCCUAUCACUUCUAGACAGCGAUUAGCUAACAAUACCCCAGCACAAAGUCGCGAGGCCGACAAAAACUACCAAGUUGAAAAAUACGAGUUGGAAGCUGCGUUUGAUAAGGACGACGAGACCCCGCAGGAGAGAGAGCUCCGACUCGCCCGCGACGGCCUUCUACACUACGCUAUGGCGUCCUCUUCCUCGAACGUGGUGGGUGUCCAUUACCGUGUUGGUAAGAAGAUUGGCGAGGGUUCAUUUGGUGUCAUAUUCGAGGGCACAAAUCUGCUGAACAACCAACAAGUCGCAAUCAAAUUUGAACCGAGGAAAAGCGAUGCGCCACAAUUGCGCGAUGAAUACCGAACCUACAAAAUACUAGUGGGCUGCCCUGGCAUACCUAAUGUCUACUAUUUUGGCCAAGAAGGUCUUCACAACAUACUCGUUAUCGAUCUCCUAGGACCUUCCCUGGAAGAUCUGUUCGACCACUGCAAUCGACGGUUUUCAGCAAAGACAGUGGUCAUGGUGGCGAAGCAGAUGUUAUCGAGAGUCCAGACCAUCCAUGAGAAGAAUUUAAUCUACCGAGACAUCAAGCCUGACAACUUCCUCAUCGGCAGACCUGGCUCUAAAUCAGCAAAUGUCAUUCACGUCGUUGACUUUGGCAUGGCGAAGCAAUACCGAGAUCCCAAAACGAAACAACACAUACCAUACAGAGAACGGAAAUCGCUGUCCGGUACUGCGCGAUAUAUGAGUAUAAAUACGCAUUUGGGGCGGGAGCAAUCGCGAAGAGACGAUCUUGAAGCAUUGGGACACGUCUUCAUGUACUUCCUGCGUGGCGGUCUACCAUGGCAGGGCUUGAAAGCAGCGACGAACAAGCAGAAGUACGAAAAGAUCGGAGAGAAGAAGCAGACUACCGCUAUCAAGGAUCUGUGCGAUGGCUAUCCUGUGGCAGAGGAGUUCAACAAAUACCUUAGCUACGUCAGGAAUCUUGGCUUUGAAGAUACUCCAGACUACGACUAUCUGCGCGAAUUGUUCACUCAAGCGCUCAAGAACACCGGCGAAGUCGAAGAUGGAGAGUAUGACUGGAUGAAGCUCAACAAUGGCAAAGGAUGGGAGGCCAUGAAGCACCACCCCUCGCAGCACCUGCAUGCAGCAAAUGCAGUACCCAACUCGUCAGCCCGGGCGCUCGGCGGCGGAGCUGAUACACCACGAGGACCUGGGACACCAGGAGUCACUGCCCUUCGUUUAAACGCCGCGCAGCCCCUGCCCCCAUCUCCCGCGAAACCGGGAGUGGGCAAAACGCGCGAACGGCCAGGCGCCUCUGGCGCAGCGCUACCAAAGCGUCAAAGCGGAGCGGCGGGGGGUCUCACAGAUAUCGUCACACCGACGGCGUCGACUCAGGCACAAUUUCAGAACUCAACAGCGAACCUCCCCAACCGAAUGAGCCAGGUUAAUCCAGGUCUGAAUCAGUCGUCAGCCGCUCAACAAGGACCGAGACAGCAGAAUGCCGAGACGCAGCCCUCAGCCCUUCAGAAGAUCAUGAAAGUCUUAUGCUGCAGCAGGUAG